AUUUCUCAAGGUUAUUUCAUCACUCCCACUCGAUAAUCGGUGAACCGUAUGGUUUCUUCUUCUAUCUUCUAAAAACUUCUACUUCUUGACUAGAACAAAGAACAAAGAACAUUCCGUAAUUCGAUUUCCAGUAGAAGUGUGCUCAGGUUGAUUCUAUUGAUGCGCAUUUCGUUGUUUAAUUGUUUAUUUCGUAGUGUGUUUUCGUUGUGUUGGAUAUUCGUGCUUAAUUUCAAAGAUUUCAAAGGAAUCUGAAUCAAGAGAUCUUCUUCAAGUAACGUUCGGCAGUGUACUUUUCAAAGUGGUAUCAAAUUACUGACCGGCUCUCGAAACGAAUUUUCAUAACGUGGAAAUAACGCCAACCGAUAAUGGAUACACAGGCGAACAAACAACGUCUUCAAAGAGAAAUUCUAUCAGAGAUAAAGAAACGUGGUAUCAAAAACUGGGCUAUGACUCCGAAACAACGUGAUGAUACGAAUUCCAGAAUUGAUUUCAAAUUGGCCACUGCGCUUAGUUCGUCUGGACGAGAACCUUUAAUUGAGAGGGAAAUCGUUCAAAAAGUUAAUGAGAUUAGUUUGCCCGAAUAUAAAGCAAAUGAAAUUCUGCAGUCGGUAACUCGCGAUCUGAAGGCGGUUUUUGAAUCCAACUACGUAGGAUUGAGAAACAAACGUAUUGUGAACGAAUGGGAACUUUACGGCUCGUUCAAAAAUGGUCUUCGUUGCAAAGACAGCGACAUCGACUUCCAUAAUGGAACUUUUGAAAAUCUUUCGCAUUCCGACGCAGUAAACCUUGUGGAACAAGUCCGGGAUGUUUUCAGAAAUAGGCCUAAUACAAACUUUGAAUAUAUAAUUCAUUUCUCGACGGCGCGAGUGCCAAUCGUUGUAUUAAAACACAGAAGCUCCAAUACAGAAUGCGGUAUUGCAUUCACCGCAAAACCUGGAGUGUAUAAUUCGAUGUUGGCGAAACUGUACUUGGACCAGUAUCCGGAUGUGAAAUUUUUGACAUUGUUUCUGAAACACGUAUUAAAUCGCUAUGAGUUGCUCGGACCCAAUAAAAUAACCACUCAUGUGAUAUUUUGGUUGGUGGUGUUUUAUAUGCAACAAAAGAAGCUGCUACUGCCCGUCAAGGAUGUACGUCAAUCAGCAACACGAAAAAGCUACGUACGAAAUUGGAAUUAUUCGGUUCCAGAUAGCUAUCCGAAAAGUCGACAGGCCGGAUACUCGUCGAAAGAAUCUAUCGCUUCUUUAUAUCGCGGUUUUUUGGAAUUUUAUAAAAAUUUCAAUUUCUUGAAAUACGUCAUCUGUCCAUAUUUCGGAUACGCCAUACCUAUUGAAAACUUGGAAACAUUGGAUAUUCCAAGUGACGCGUAUAUUGGUGGAAAACCCCCAAAAUUGUUUACUAGAAGUUCCAUGAAUAUUCAAGAUAUGUCUACUCUUACUAAGAACUACACCGCGAGUAUUAAGUCGGUGAAAGUUGUCAACGAGUUCAGAGUAAUCUGUGAACAUCUAUUCGCAAAUUGUGAGGAAAUUUUGAAAGGACACGCUGUCAAUAUUUCUUUGGGAUCCGAAUUGAAAUCGAUGAAGCUUCUUCAUAAAAACAUCAAUCAAACAGAGUAUAUCGAUCUGGAGUACCAAUCUUUGAAAUCACGUGUCGGUGAUUUGAAGGAAUAUUUAAUCGCUGCUGUUGGCAACGUGAUGGCGAUCGCUUUGGAAUUUCAAAGCGAGAGACUUGUGAGCCAAGAUAUUACGGAAGUUGAUCAUAAUCAAGGCGAUCCUAUCACGAAGAAAAUACCUGUCUUGUACAUGGAUUACAGUACGACAAAGGAGGAGACAUUGGUCAACAAUUACAUGUUAUCUAUGUUCGAAGAAAGUUCUUCUUUGAAAAAGGAUUUCGGAAUUUUCUUCUUUAUCGAAAUUCGUCAAGAUUUGGAUCGUAUUAGAGUACACUUCGAAGGAGACGGCCGUUUCGUCGAGUUUAUGAACAGCUAUGGAAAAGCACUACUAAUCGCUCUAUAAUACUUGAGUAUUUUUUCUCGAUUUAUAUUUUAUUCGUAAUUCAGUUGAAUUUUUUUUUUCAACAUAGAUGUUAAUUUUUUUAUUUGAAAGAUAAUUUUUGAUUAUAAGUUUUGAAAUUUUGUUUAUUUGUAAGAUGAUUUUUUAUUAUAAUUUUUGAAAUUCGGUGA